AUGAGGCCGUCUACUCAAAACCAAUAUCAUCAUUUUUUGUCGGACGGUGCACAAAGCAGCGGUCAGCCGAGUUCGGAAACCUUCAUUCCGCAGACUCAGUCACAAUCGCACUCACAGCAAGGAUAUUUUCCGUCGUCACAAUAUCCACCACCGCAGCAACAGCAAGCUCCACCACAACAAGAGCAAGCUCCACCGCAGCAAGAGCAAGCUCCACCACGUCAACCUCGGCCUUAUGCACAUUUGACGGCUGAUCAAAUUCUUGCUCUUCCCGGUCGAGUUACACUUACGAAACUUCAUCCGCAAAAAGAAGAUGGAGCUUUGUGGUAA